AUGACGAAGGGAAAGUCGGACCGUCUUUUUACUGGUAACACGUGUUUGGUACGUCCGAAACCGAGAACAUUGAGGAUUGAAACAAAGACUUUCUUUUGCAGAGGUCCAUUUAUAUUCAAGUGUUACGCGCUUCUUUGCUUAUUGUCCAUAUCUCAACAGAUGCCGAAGCGCAACAAUCCGGAAUCUCCUGCCGACUCAAUAACUGGGUUUUCCGGUGAUGAAUCUCAAUCUAGCAGUUUAACUACUCGAAAGCGACGUCGUUUGGUCAAUGCUUCUCAAUUGGAUUUGUGUCAAGAGCUGUUUGAUAAAAUUCGAGCAUAUCGUGGGGAAGAUGGCUCACUGUCUGAAACGUUUAUGCGUUUACCAACGAGAAGAUCGAAUGCAGAUUACUAUGAAGCGGUGAGAGAGCCUAUGGAUUUGGCUCGUAUUCAAGCAAAAAUCAAAGCAUCCGAAUAUGAAAGUGUAGAUCAAAUGGCUACAGAUAUCAAUUUGAUAGUGGCCAAUACUAAGACCUUUUAUCCAGCCUCCACAACUGAGUUUGCAAAAGCAGUUGAAUUACAAGAUGUCUUCGAUCGAGAGCGUCAACUACUUCAGGCAAUAACUAACAAGAGUACAGAUUCAACUGCAAGUUCAACCAGCAGUAGUGUCAUCGAAAGGCGUACGAAACGCAGACGUACUUUCACCAGUGAGGAACGUGACGAAGAAGAGGCUGAAACUUUAUCAAUUCCGGCAUCGGAUGAUUCACGUAUUGCACCAUCUGAGACAAGCACCACCAAUUUAACUUCUUCUAGUCAACCUAGCUCAACACAACUGGACAAUCCCUUUGAACUUUUAUUUGCUUCCAUUGUCAAAUACGUGAGCGACAAUGGCCGUCCAUUAGCGCCUACAUUUACUUAUCUACCUUCUAGGGAGCUUUAUCCAGUUUAUUAUGUUGUUAUCAAGGAGCCGAUUGACUUAAGGAUGAUUGCUAAACGAAUUAUGUCUGGACAGUAUAAUUCUCUGGAUGAUUUAGAAAAAGAUUUUACACUUUUAGCACGAAACGCUAAGACAUUCAAUGAACCAAAAUCAAUUAUCUAUCAGGAUGCUGCAACACUAUCCAGAAUAUUAAAAGGUAAACGUAGUGAGGCGGAACACCCACCAGUUCGAACUAAUCGAGAACGAGGAAAGCGUACAUCUCGCUUGAAUUACGUGCCUCAUGAAGUUGUAGAAGAGUUUGCUUCAAUGCCUGACUCAUCUAAUCCUCCUGAUAGUUCAAGUCAUGUGGAUGAAUCCACUGAAGCAGCUUUUGAGCUAUCUGGCGAUGAUGAAGACACUCGAGCAACUGGUACUUCUCAGAGUUGUUCGUCGAUAGCUUCUACUACUGUAAAACGAAAACGUGGACGGCCACGCCUUAAUCCUCUUCCUGAAGAGACUAUAAAGCGCAGCCCAUCGAGAGAACCUCUUUCUCCUGCAAGUGUUCCUUCUCAAUAUAGUACAACUGGAGGUAAUGAUUUGGGUGGAAUUAAUUUCCAACCUUCCUGUGCUUCACGGGCCCAUCGACGUUUGCAAGAGAAACUCUUACAGGUUGUGUUGGACGCCAGCAAUGCAGAGGGUCAACUGAUAUCAACACCUUUUUUCCGACUUCCUUCUAGAAGGCUUUAUCCAGACUAUUAUGAAGAGAUAACCAACCCAUUAUGCCUGUCUACAAUAAAGAAGAAAAUCAAGAGAUAUGAAUACGCUUCACUGGAUGCUCUGCUAAUUGACUUAGAUUUGGUAUUCAAUAAUGCUCAACAAUACAAUGUUGAACAGAGUACAAUUCAUCAAGAUUCUGUUCUCUUACAGCAGAUUGCUCAUAAAAAAUGCGAAGAACUAAGAAAUUCAGAAAUAGCAUUGAGCAUAAAACCAGAUAACCCAGAAACAGCACCAUAUAGUCCAGGCGCUAAUGCUUCAUCAACUUCAGUCUCAGAAGGCACACAUUUCCUACAGUAUGAUCAAACUCCACUUAGACGUCCUGGACGUCGAAUUUUCACACCAGAAGAGGCUUCUAUAAAACGACUACAGAAUCUGUACAAAGCUGUUUAUUAUUUUCGUGCUGAUGAUGGACACUUCCCUCGGGAUACAUUUGUUAGCCUACCAUCAAAGGAGGAGUAUCCAGAUUAUUAUCAAGUGAUUUCUAACCCUAUUGAUUUAACAAUGAUCAAGCAUAAAAUGGAUGAAGGGAAGUACUCUUCACACGAAGAAAUGGUUGUUGAUCUUCAAUUAAUGUUCAACAAUGCUCGAAAUUAUAAUGAAGAAGGUUCAUUAGUUUAUAAUGAUGCAGAGCUUUUGGAUUCAGUUGUUAAAAAACGCCUCAGAAGUUUUGCUCAAUACACUUCCACUAUAAAUCGACAAAUAAUUGGACGCAGUUCACUUACUGUAUCGAUGUCUCAACAACAGUACGACGUUCCAAAUGUGCAGUCACUUGGAACUUCAGUUAAUACAUCCUCUGUUGUGCAUUAUCAACAAUCUGGACAACCAACUCUGCCAGCUUUACAGCGCAUUAUGUUAGAGCUUUUUCAAGCUGUUCGUGAGUAUCAGAUCAAUGGAAGAGUCUUAUCGAAUCCAUUUUUGCGUCUACCAACUCGAAGUGAACUCCCAACAUAUUAUGAAUUUAUUAAAAAACCUAUAGAAUUACAAACAGUGGCUAAGCAGUUAGUACAGAUGAAAUAUAAUGAUUUCGAGGAGUUUGCCGGUGAACUUUUUUUGAUGUUCGACAACGCUUGCAGGUUCAACGAACCGGAUUCACAAAUUUAUACGGAUGCACUAAUGCUUCAUAGAGUGUGCCUGGCCAAGCGAUCUAUGCUACUGUCAGCCUAUCAGCAAUCGCUCUCUAUACCUCCGUCUAUUGCUCCUGAUGUUCCUUCUGGCAUCCGUCGUAUACUGACUAAUCUUCAUAAUGCAAUGUUGACUGCAUGCGAUCAAGACGGUCGAGGGUUAGUAGAUUCGUUAAUUGCUGGUGAUGGGACAGAAUCAACACUUACUUCAGUGACAGCAGCUCGUUUGGCUGCACUGCAUCGCGCAGUAGCCGAUGGUACUUAUCGUCGUUUGGAUAGUCUUCAAGCAGACUGGCUAGGAAUUUUAGUCAGAGCACGAAUAGGAGAAGGAUCUGACCAACCUGCAGAAGUGAAGAAUCCAUGCCCCACUAAACAGCAACGUUUGGAUGCUGCAGAGCUAGCUCGCCGUUGGGUUCGUCUUCGAGACGAAUUGUGCCAUCGACAGCAAAGAAGACCAACAACUCAGAUAUCCACACCAAAUACCGAAUCUGGAUCUGUGUUGCCUACUCAUGUUGUUUUAUACAGUCCUGCUAUGUCCUAUACAGAAGCGGUAUUAGAGCGUGACAUCAAUGAUGAAGAUUCUAAUCAUAAACUUCCAACUUAUGAUGAUGAAAACGGAGAAGAAAAUCUGGGUCCACUUUCAGAAGGCGAGUGUGAGUUAAGACAUUUUGAAGCACGUGGUCAAGUUUAUCAUGUUGGAGAUUAUGUGUAUGUGGAACCAAUGAGACCAAAUGUCACCCAGUGCCACAUAGGUCGUAUAACGCGUAUUAGUAGACUGGAACAUUCGUCUUCCAGAAACACUGAACAGACUUCUGGGAAUGAAGAUCAGACAGAAUCAGGGAAUACUCAUGAAAAUCCUAAUUCAUCAUCGAAAAUUGAUCAUCCAGGCACAAUAAAUGUUCGAUUAUCUAUGUAUUUACGGCCAGCUGAAGCCCAUCCUUCACGUCGAAGACGCCUUUUGGCUGCCGAAGUUUUCCGUACCGCUCUUGGAGAAACAGUUCAAAUAAAUCAAAUUGUGGGGCGAUGUCUCGUAAUGCAUAUUUCACAAUUUAUUCGUUACAGGCCGAAAAAUCUUGAGGAGCGUGAUAUAUUUAUUUGUGAGUCACAAUUCUCCAUUAUGUCUCAACUGUUUAUCAAAAUCCGAAAUUGGAAUGUUCCUCUACCGACCAGCAUUGAGUUAGAGGCUAGGCCAACUCCUUUUGUACCAACACGUCUGCCUCCAAAUGAACCUUUGGGAAAUGCUUUGGAACAAGUUGAUAAUAGUUUAUUCGUUGAAAUGAAUUAUCCUUUACCUCGAACUUUUCAGUCGAUUGUUAUUGAAGAUCUCUCCGAAACAGAAGGAACUAUAGUAUAUGAACAGUAUGUCCAUGAGAAUGGGUUUUUAGUGAAACUAGGCGAUUUUCUGUACGUUCCACCAAAUGAUGGGUCCUCAGAACGUCGUAUUGUGCGUGUUGAUAAAUUAUGGAAAUCUUGCGCUCAAAAUGCUAUUUUGUUUACUGGACCGUGGUUCGUCACUUCAUCAUCUGUCGAGCAUCUACCGACACGUUUGUUUUAUCCUAAAGAAGUAUUUCUCACAAGUGUUGAUCAUACGACACAUGCACUGGCUUCAGCUACUGGAAAGUGUUAUGUCAUGCGUCCGUGCGAUUAUGCUCAAGCUCGACCCACUGAAAUCCCGGAACAAGAUAUUUAUAUGUGCGACUCUAAGUACUUUGAAAGUGAAAAAGUUAUACGUAAACUUAAGAAAGGACUAAAGAAGUUUCAGUUUUCAUCAGAUGAGGUACAUGAAGAUGAAUUUUACUUCUUCCCUCAACAGAUUGUCCCUAGAAAAGAUGCUUCACCUCUUUUGACUCAAGCUUCAACUGAACCACUUCAAAAUGAACAACUUAACCGUCCUAUUUCACUAGCGCUUACCUGUGCGCUUGCUGCAGCGGCUGGAACUACUACCGCUAUGGUGACUUCUCCAAUCAUAUCAAUUCCCAGUUUGUCUACAGAUACAACGAAACAAACUGAACGUAUAUCCACUGGACUGAUAAAUGAACACACUGGAUCUAGCCCCGUUGCAAGCAAUACUAUGGCUCAAGUAGUUGCACGUUCACUGGGUAAUACAACACCUGGUAAUAAUGCUUCAGUUCAAAACAGUGUGUCGUCGCCUCAACUUGAUGCAUUAACUCGUGCUUUCAUUGAAAACAAUAUAGAUCGUACUGGUAAAAAACGAAAGAUCCGCAAACCGCCAUCAGGCUAUGUUUUAUACGCUGGUGAAAUCAGAAAGAAAUUACUGCAAGAACGUCCUGAUGCACCAUUUGGUGAAAUUUCGCGUGAAGUGGGACUUUUAUGGCGUCAGAUGCCUACUGCUCAACGUGACAUGUAUGAACAAAAGGCUCACUUGAUCAGACAACACAUGGCUGAGGAGGAGAUGCAAAUGAGGGCUCGAGAACAAGAACAGGCACAACUUCAGCUUCAACAACAAUUAACAGCUGCAUCUAUUUCGUCUGUCAAUAUUGGAGGAGCAGUGCCUUUACAGGCUGCUGCAGGUGUGAAUCCGCCUACUUCAUCUAGAAUGUCUGUUACUGGACCAGCUGCCACUAUGCAGUUCUAUCAAACUCCAUCUGGUCAAGUAAUCCAGAUUGUACACGCCUCUUCAACGCCUAGCGUUGCUGGACAUGGUUCAGUUCCAGCUCAAACUGCUACUGCUCCUCUUGGUCAGCCUGUCAGUAUUGUUCAAACAACAUAUGCAACAAUGCCUGCUAUCGCUUCUGCAUGUCCUGUCGCCACUCCAACUCAUCAGGUUGUUUACCAGCUCGCUAACCAGCAGCCUGGCAUUAUCCCAACAGGAACAGUUGGUUCGGGAGCACCGCAGCAAUCUUACUAUCAACCACAACUACAUCAGCCUCCACAACAACAACAACGACUAUUGGUUGCAUCUAGUGUCUGUUCAACACCAACUAUAAUGGGUACUGUAAUUGGAUCAACAGCUACGGUACCGCCUGUCCUCCCUGUUGGUACGAAUACAGUUCCUUCUAUGUCCAACGUUCAACAGGCGCAGAUAUUGUUGGGCUCAACUGGUUCUAUGUCUACAACAGGGUUACCAAAUGUACCACAGGGUGGUUUCGUGACAACUACAGCUCAAACACUGACUCAUCCUCAGGUGCAUCCCGGUUUAGCUGUCGCUGCUGUUGGUGCUCCACAGAUUGUCCCUUCAGCUGGCCCACAUCUAGGGGCUUGUACUCAAGAUUAUACACCACAAGUCCAACCCCACUAUCAAUUUGUUCAACAAGGUAAUUCAAAUUCGUGUUUAUUUUCUUUUUCUUGGUUUUAAGUUCUUCAGUUUGAUGCAUAAGUUUAAUCGUUAGAAUUUUUAACCUGUUCUCAGUACUCUAAGGCAUUGAUCUGUUCAUCUGAAUGAACUUUGGUUUUGGAUGCAUUUUUAUUCGUAACUUUCACGAACACCUAUAGGAUAUAAGUAGGAACUUCGGUCUGUUUCUCAAGGUCAGCGUCCAGGUUGUUUGAUAAACCGUCACAUGAAAGAUGUUAUUCUUUAGUGUUCCUCAAGCUCAGCCAAUCGCUCAAAAUGUCAUGGCCUCAGUUUUUCCAGGAACUCAGUUUAUUCAGUCACAACCACAAUCUGUUCCAUCUCAUCCUCCUGUAGCUGGACCAUCCUCUCCGAUAUUUGUGUCGGUGCCGCCUCGAACAUCUCGUGUUCUUCAUUCUGAAAUUUAUCAACGUUACAUAAAUCGGCUGCGUAAAAAUACCCCUGGUGGAUUAGGUGAUUGGCAUAAUCAACUGUCAGCUUCGGCGGAUACUGCCCCUCCAAUUCAACCAAAUGUUGCUAAUCAAUUGGUUGGAAAUUUCUUCGCUGAUCCCAAGAAAGUAGAAAGUUGUUCAGUGACUGAUGCAUUGUGGAAUUUGAGGGAUUAUUUACUAGAGGAUGCUUUAAAAAUUCGUUUACGUUGUCUUAGUGCUACAGAAUGCUAAAGCUUCUUAUUUGUAUUCCACUGCUUAUUCACAUUUUAUUUUUCAGUGUUUGGUUUCAUUCUUUUUCUGUAUUCAUCAUUUGUGUUGUACCUGGUGACUCGUAGUGUUUAGAAUCCGUUUGCUUCUAUGUCAUUGUCAGAAGGUUUUCUUGCUCUUGUAUACUUCCAUCGUGCUACUAAGCAAUUUUUUGGAUUUGUUAAUAAACUGUAUGUCAGUCGUUAACUAGCUUAUAAAUUUUGCUCAUUUUUUUUCCAGAGGGUGCAUGAUUCAUGCUACACUAUAGACGUCUCAGCAAACUAGUCCAGACAGAACGAAAGGGAUUGAACCUGGUUUAGUAGGCAGUUUUUAUCCUUUAUUUGAUAGAGGUGUGAUAAAUCAGCAUUGAUAUGAUUAUGAGCAAUAAUUUAUGCUCGAAACGUCAUCGAGUAAUUAAUACUACAUUAUUGUGUGUUACAAAUCAAAUAAACAAAUCGAAUAUGGAAUUAAUUCCUACCA